AUGCUCAUUGGAAUUUGCGGUGGUAUCUGCGCCGGUAAGAAGAGCGUUGCUCAAUACUUAGUUGAGCAUCAUGGGUUUAGAUUGCUUCGCUUGACGGACCCUUCCGCAACUCCACCCCGAGAUGAGCCUCCGGCCUCCAUCACACCCCCGGCGCCGGGACCGCGGCCAGAGCCGGAGCAAGCUGUCGCUCCAUCUACCAACGGUCACGAUGACUCGGGCUCCCAGCAGCAGUCCUCUUCCAAGAACAAGAAGAAGAAGAGCAAGGGACCGCAAAAAUGCUUUAACUGCAACGAGAUGGGUCAUACCAAGCCUGAAUGCCCUCACUUUCUCGGCGCCCCUCUCGAGAACGCAGGUACCACCGUAAUUAUCAGCGGCGACGCCGCCAAAGAGACAAAAACACCACAGAAACCCGCACUCUCCUUCCGCCCUCUUACCGUUGUGAGCGGACAACCGCGUACCAACGGCCUUCACUCUCACUACCCCAACGAGCUCAUCUUCUCGUCAGCCGACUCCCUGCUGGAAUACGUCACCACCCGCUGGCAAUCACGCUUCGUCACCACAGACGUCCACAACGAAGCCAUCCUCGACAUCCUCUCCAGACGCCCCUUCUUCAUGCUUAUCUCCGUCGACGCCCCCGUGACAGUCCGCCACGCCCGCUUCCGCGCCCUGCACAACCCCCACUGCACCCUCGAAUCCUUCGCCCUCGCCUCGGACAGCCACCUCUACGACCCAAAACAGGGCCUGCAACCGCUCAUCUCGCGCGCAACCGUCCGCCUCCUCAACACCUCCUCCUCCAUCGCGCACCUCUACGCCACCCUCGGCAAGCUGGACCUCGCCAACCCCGUCCGCCUCCGGCCCACCUGGGACGCUUACUUCAUGUCCCUCGCGGAGCUGGCCUCGCUACGCUCAAACUGCAUGAAGCGCCGCGUCGGGGCGGUCCUCGUCGGGCGCGAGAAACGCGUCAUAUCCACGGGCUACAACGGCACGCCCCGCGGCCUGCAAAACUGUUCCGACGGCGGCUGCUCCCGCUGCAACUCGGGCAACUCCUCUGGCGUCGGCCUGGCUACGUGCCUGUGCAUCCACGCCGAGGAGAACGCGCUGCUCGAGGCCGGCCGCGAGCGCAUCCGCGAGGGCGCCGUGCUGUACUGCGACACGUGCCCGUGUCUGACGUGCAGUAUCAAGAUUUGCCAGGUCGGCAUUGACGAGGUGGUGUAUGCUCACGGCUACAGCAUGGACACGGAGACGGCGGCGGUGUUCCGGCAGGCGGGGGUCAAGCUGAGGCAGUACAUUCCGGCUCCCAACGGAUUGAUUCAUCUUGAAAAUUUAGAAAAGAUGGAGUUAUACUAG